UGGCUGCCAUUUUGCGACAUAUUAUGGUAUUAUAUUAUCAUAUAUGAUGAAGGCUAUUGCCUGAAGGUAACCGGGGACCGAUUAAAAUGGUUGCCACCGUCAACAUGGAUGCAAAAACGUGCCGUCUUACCGACAUGGUUUUGUCAGGGGUUGACCAUAGAGUUGUGCCAGAGGACCUAGAGGUUCCAAGAGAGGCCUUUGUAGGCCCUUCAAUGCUACUCUAUGGCCAAGGCCUGGUUAGGUUAGGGUUCGGGAUAGGCUAAGGAUUAAGAUAAGGGUUAAAGUUAGGGUUAGAGUUAGUGUUAAGGUUAGGAUUAGAGUAAGGGUUUGAGUUAGGGUUAAGGGUUAGUGUUAAGGUUAGAGUUAGUGUAAGGUUAAGGGUUAGGGUUAAGGGUUAGACUUAGGGUUGAUGUUAAGGGUUAGAUUUAGGGUUAGAGUUAGGCUAAGGAACAGAUAAGGCCUAGAGUUAGGGUUAAGGUUAACAAGGUAAAGGUUAGGAUUAGGGUUAGAGUUAAGGGUUAGGGUUAGAUUUAGGGUUAGCUUUAAGGUUAGGGUUAGGGUUAGUUUAAGGGUUAGGGCUAAGUUUAAGGCUUGGAGUAAGUGUUAGGGUUAGAGUAAGUGUUCAGGUUAGAUUUAGGGUCAGAUUUAGAGUUAGGGUUAGCAAGGUAAGAUUAGGGUUAGAUUAAGGGUUAGGGCUAGGUUUAAGGGUCAGAGUAAGUGUUAAGGUUAAGGGUUAAGGUUAGGGUUCAGGUUGCAGUUAGCUUUAAGGUUAGGGUUAGGGUUAGAUUUAGGGUUAGCAUUAAGGGUUAAGCUAAGGAACAGAUAAGGGUUAGGGUUAAGGUUAACAAGGUAAGGGUUAGGAUUAGGACUAAGGUUAGAUUAAGGAUUAGUGCUAAAUUUAAGGGUCAGAGUAAGGGUUAGGGUUAGAAUUACAGUUAAGGUUAGGGUUAAAGUUUAGGAUUAGUGUUUAGGUUGCAGUUAGUUUUAAGGUUAGGGUUAGGGUUAGAUUAAGGGUUAGGGCUAGGUUUAAGGGUCAGAGUAAGGGUUAGGGUUAGAUUAAGGGUUAGGUCUAACUCUGCGUGAGGCGUAACUGUGCACAACCUUCAAAGCCUCCUCCGCCUCCUCCUCCUUCUCUCUCUCCUUUCCUUCUGUUUCGCUCCUGUCUUUCCAGGCGGCGGCACAGAGGGGGCGCCAUUUCCUGCGCAGGCGACGCCUCUCCCUCCUCCUCCUCCUCCUCCUCCUCUCAUUCCCCCCUUUUUCCUGCCGGAAAGAAAAGGUGGGAGGGCACCCUCCUCCAUCCCUCCAUCCCUCCUUUUUCCCAUUCCCCCUUUUUUCUUUCGGAGGAGAGGAGGAAGAGGAAGAAGGAAAGGAGGAAGAGGAGGAUGGUGUUGCACUUCCUCUCGGCUGCCACUGCUGCAAAAGAAGAGGAAGAGGAAGAGGAGGAAGGAGGGAAGGAGGAAGGGAAGGAGACGGAGGAGGGAGGCCUGGAGGCGACAACGCAUUUCCCGCGACGCUGGAUACAAAAUCGUCAUCUUGACUUCGGCACCACAUUUUCCAUGACCAUUUGACCAUCUGACAAACCCACGAACGCAAUAGUCGCUCGAAAUCGGCGCAAUCCGCCCGACAGACCUACGAAAUCCAGGCCGCACAAAAUUUUGUGCCGCACGUAAUCAUGCGCAGGAACCAUUUUGCCGAUGCGGACAGACUAAAAGAUGUAAAAUGAUUGCGCAUUAAAUGGCGGCGAGUCGUUCCGGGACCGUUUAUGUAAUUUCCACGCCGCCGCCAUUGCGCAGGAAAUGAGAACAGUCUCGUAGAUAGGGGUAUUUAAACGGGAUUUUUACGUAUCCGAACCAUGGGAUGCCGCCAAAGUUCGGAGGAGAAGGAGGCAGCGCGCCGCUCACGCCGCAUUGACCGCCACUUGCGGUCGGAGAGCCAACGCCAGCGCCGCGAGAUCAAGCUUCUCCUCCUUGGGACGAGCAAUUCAGGGAAGAGCACCAUCGUCAAACAGAUGAAGAUCAUCCACAGCGGCGGCUUCAACCUCGACGCGUGCAAAGAGUACAAGCCUCUCAUUGUCUACAAUGCCAUCGACUCGCUGACACGCAUUAUCCGCGCACUGGCGGCGCUGCGCAUUGACUUCCACGACCCGGACCGCGCCUAUGAUGCUGUCCAGCUCUUCGCGCUGACGGGGCCAGCAGAGAGCAAAGGCGAGAUCACGCCAGAGCUCCUCGGUGUCAUGAAGCGUCUCUGGGAUGAUGCCGGCGUCCAUGAUUGUUUCCGGCGCUCGAACGAGUACCACCUGGAGGACAACGCGGCGUACUACCUGGACGGGCUGGAACGCAUUGCGGCGGCAGACUACGUGCCGACGGUGGAGGACAUCCUGCGCUCGCGCGACAUGACGACGGGGAUCGUGGAGAACAAGUUCACCUUCAAGGAGCUGACGUUCAAGAUGGUGGAUGUGGGCGGGCAGCGCUCCGAGCGCAAGAAGUGGAUCCACUGCUUUGAGGGCGUCACCGCCAUCAUCUUCUGUGUCGAGCUCAGCGGUUACGACCUCAAGCUCUACGAGGACAACCAGACGAGUCGCAUGGCGGAGAGCCUGCGCCUUUUUGACUCCAUCUGCAACAACAACUGGUUCAUCAACACCUCCCUCAUCCUCUUCCUGAACAAGAAGGACCUCCUGGCGGAGAAGAUCCGGCGCAUCCCGCUGACCGUCUGCUUCCCGGAGUACAAGGGCCAAAACACGUACGAAGAGGCCGCCGUCUACAUCCAGCGCCAAUUCGAGGACUUGAACCGCAACAAGGAGACGAAGGAGAUCUACUCGCACUUCACCUGCGCCACCGACACCAGUAACAUCCAGUUUGUAUUCGAUGCCGUGACGGACGUCAUCAUCCAGAACAACCUGAAGUACAUCGGACUUUGCUGAGGGCGCUUUCGGGAAAAAACGGUCGAAAUGAGUAAAACAAAUGAAUAAAAAACCGAGUAAAAAACGAGGAAAGCGACCUGACGGUGGCAACAGCGGAGAGAACGAAAAUGAAUAAACGGAUGCAGGAGGGUCAGUAAUUCGGAAGAGGACUCCAUCGCGGACGGGAGAAGUUGGAAUCAGUGGUCGCGGAUUUCGUGGUGGCGAAACCCCACGGGGAAACGGAGUGGUGGACGUUUCCGGACUAGAUAGCGGAUAGCGCCGUCGCCGUUGUCUUUGACUCGCGUUGCUCUUGGCUCUUGAAAUGAUCGUUUCUGGGAAUUAUAAUUUGUCCGUUCUCUAAUUUAUUUAUUUAUUUAUUGAUCCCUGAUAUGUGUUGGUCUUAACGAGAAUUAAUUAAUCGAGAGAGAAAUGAAUGAUUUUCCUAAAAUUUAAGACUUUAUUUAAGACUAAAUUAAACAUUUAUUUACAGCGGUGAGGGAUUUAUUUUAUAACUUGAAAUGUUUUUUUUACAUAACUUUAAUUUUUUAUUUUAUUGCCAAAUAAUUGUGCUCUAAAAACAAACAAA